AUGGAGUCAGCCAGUGCUCCAGGAACCGUUGACCACGAUUCCGCUCCCCCUCAAGAUGAAGAUUGGUAUCCCCUCACUGAUGGCCAUGGAGGAUUCGUUGAUGUUGGGACUCUUUCGGACCAGCCGUCACCUCCCCCUCAACUUGAAAGCGAAGGUCUUUAUCACGAUGAUUUAAUCGGGGUCAGUAUCAGUCAAGUUCAAACUCAGAUGAGAUCUCCGGAAACGCCGGCAGCUGAGAAAGCGAGAGCUCUCAAUCUACCACUGGAAUAUUUCGAAAAAUUUUCCACACUAAACGAAGCAAUUGAAAGUGAUGAUCAGCAGGAAUCCCAGACUGAGACGGCCGACAACAACCUGAAGCCUCCACCGCGUUCCAGACAUGGCCGGAAAUCUGUAUCGCCGGACGGACCGACGGAAAGGAGAUCCGCCUCACGGGACCCGCUCACCUCUGAUCGCCAGGAAAGAUUCUACGGUCAAAUUGAGCCGCCAGAUCUAUCACUCGACAGAAGCUAUCCAUCACAGGUUCCAAGCCCGCAGGAACCUGAGCGAACGACACCCCCGCCUUGGGAAUAUCAGGUCCCACCACAAUCCCGGCACUCCCCAAACGACAUUCACCAACAGGAUGUCUCUCAGGAAGAUGCUCAAAGGCCGCAUUCCCAUCGAUUGUCAAUUACCAAAACCCUUUUAAGUGCCGCCGGAAGUGAUGGAAGGCGGCGUUCGUCAUCUGGCCCAACGGCAAUACUCUCUAACUUAAGAAAAUUUCUACCCGAUCUUCCCGCUGGCCCCUUCAAUAGGAGUUCCAUUUCCGUUCUGCCAUUAAGCCACAAAACUCCUGGUCAAGAAAGCCUCGUCAGCAGGUCAAAUAUACCAACGGAUCGGUCAAGAACAUUUCGGUGGUCAGUUCGAGAACCUCUAGAACGACAAGAGUCGAAUGUGUCCGGUUUGGGUGUCCAGCCGGAGCGUGCAACAUUCCAUAACCUUACCAACAUUCCAAGACCAGGUCAUGGUCUGGAGGGAAACGUCGAAUCCGUACUCUCCCCCGUCCGUCCUGCGUCUACCAAAAGUCGUGCUCGGUCCAAUUCCGAGAGUUCUCUCUAUAUAAGGAGAAGAGUAUCCGGAGUAUCGACCUAUGAUGACAUCAAUGCUUUUGCCAACGUCACCGAUAUGGCCAACUCGCGAUUCAAAGCCAUAACAGACAGCUUUCAGAAUUCGACCCUGAAGUUGCCCAAGCUACCAACGAUGCGGCCGUCACUAAAGCGCAUGUUGUCUCCCGAACAAAUGCAGGCCGAGGCUCCAAGAGGAGUGAAUGAGACUUCAACCACCAGCUAUGGGCGCAUACAUCAUCAGCAGUACACAAAUGUCAAGAAUAUACGAAUUACAACGAAGGGUAUUGAAGUGGAAACCCCACAGCAAAGAGCGCAUCCAAUAUUAUCUCAUGCCUUGUCCAAAACGACCGGAGAUAUUGUUGUUCUAGGCGGCUAUCGCGGAUCGAUAUUGAGAUCAGCUCAGCCUCCUCAUAGACAACUUUGGGUGCCUCUGAAAGUGGGACUGAAUCUCCGUAAAGUUGAUCUCGAGGUUGGUUUGACACGAGAAGACGAAGAACGAAUGGAGGAGACUAUCAUACCCUCCGGUGUUCUCUCACAUAUCGGCCCGAUCGACAUAUGCCGGAGAUUACUCAAGCAUCUGAAGAAAUGUCCUAACACGCGCGAGAGCAAGCUCAGGGUGCAUGAUUGGGGAUAUGAUUGGCGACUCAGCCCAGAUCUGCUAAGCCAAAGGCUUAUCAAGUUUCUGGAGUCGUUGGAGUGCAAUCAUCCGGAAACUCCACCUGAGAAACGAGGAGCAACGGUUCUUGCACACAGCCUGGGAGGCAUCAUUACUCGACAUGCAGUCAAUCAAAGACCAGAUCUUUUCGCUGGAGUGAUUUAUGCCGGUGUUCCUCAACACUGUGUGAAUAUUCUCGGGCCGUUACGCAACGGUGACGACGUUCUUCUCAGUUCCAGAGUUCUUACCGCGCAAGUCAACUUUACCUUGAGAACCAGUUAUCUUCUUCUUCCCGAAGAUGGACGUUGCUUCAUUCAGAAACAUACCAACAAGAGAUAUGAUUUGGAUUUUUUCGACCCUCAUGUCUGGGAUGAAUAUCGGCUUUCUCCUUGUAUCAACCCCCCGUUGCCCCACAGCAUCAAAGAUAAUGAGCGAGCGAAGAGUAUUAUUGGCGCUCUUUCUGACAGCGUCCCCCUCCCUAACAUACGGGGCUCCUGGUUUGGUGGGCAAUCCACGAUCUCUUCAGAGCCUAGCCAGCUGGAGGAAGCAGCGAAUCAGCGGGCGGCGGACGCAGCCGGGGAGUUGGGCCACAGCACGGAGCAAGUGGUCGAACCAUCAAUGAAACAGCCUCAGCACCGAUCUUCGGUUGCGACCGCAUGCACGAUUCCGAAAGAUCGGGCCGAAGAAUAUCUCGCGCGGACGUUGGCGGAAGUUUUGGCGUUCAAACGACAGCUGAAGCACAAUCCUAGCCAUCAAGAGAAGAACCUCUAUCCGCCGCACGCAUAUAUCUUCGGAAAAACGGUGCCGACGGUGUAUGGAGCACGGGUCGCCAAUAGGGAAGCGAUCAAAUAUGCCAAUGCGUUUGACGAUUUAGCAUUUGCAGCAGGAGACGGCGUGGUCCUGGCCAGUGCCGCUCAAUUGCCCGAAGGAUAUCGAUGUGUGAAAGGAGGCCGGGUGGAAAGUGAUCGAGGACAUGUGGGUAUUCUAGGAGAUUUAGAAGGGGUGGGACAAUGUCUUGAGGCUGUGAUCGAUGCUAGAGCGAAAGGCGUUGGAUUAGGGGAAAUUUCUGCUCGCAACACGAGCAGUUCAAACGGUUCAUGA